AUGUACACAGAUUGGAACAACCGCCUGCAUCUACUUGCUGCCUCUGGACUGUGCAUUAUAUAUAUCUUCUACGCCGUCUUCCUCUCCUCCCUCCGCCACGUUCCCGGCCCUCUUAUCGCGAAACUAACGGGCAACUGGCUGUUGUUUAUCGAACUCGCAGGCAAGCGGACAACGACAGUCCACGCCUUGCACAAAAGAUACGGCCCAGUAGUCUGCAUCGCUCCCAACGAACUCUCCUUCAACACCAUCGAUGCAGUCGAAACAAUCUACGCUUCCCAUCACUCCGAAUUCCGUAAGGCGCCAUGGUACGCGAACAUGACGAGGGGUGGUGUCUUCAACAUGCGGGAUCCGGCCGAGCACAGGCAGAGGAGGAAGCUGCUGAACCAUGCCUUCUCCCAGCAGAGCGUCAAUGAGAUGGAGCCGCAUAUUCACAAGCAUGUCCAGAAACUAGUCAUGGCCAUUGAGAAACGCCGCAAGGAUGGACCUGUUAAUGCGAGACAUUGGUUCCGCAUGUUUGCUUUUGAUGUUGCGGGUGAAUCCUUCUUAGGAAAGCCGUUCGGCGGCCUAGACUGCGACGAAGCGCCUAGUUAUGUCGCUGAUUUGGAUUCUGCCUUUAUCGUGUGGGAUCUCCAAGGCAGAUUCCCAAUCUUAACCUGGCUGUUGCGACAGAGUCCCAGCAAGAAGCUGCAGCAUUUCUUUACCGCUGACGACCGCAUCUACGAAUAUGGCGCGGACGCUUUCCAGGACUACCUACAACGUUACGGACGUAGCCUGCAAAGGAAAGAUCUUCUCACGAAACUUAUCCGCAAGGAAGACAGUGACGGAGGGUUGACUGACGAACAGAUAUCGGGCGAGAUUAGCAACCUUACUUUCGCAGCCACCGACACAGCCGCUAUAGCCCUGACGUACAUGUUCUGGGAAUUAGCGCAGCAUCCUGAACUGCAAGAUGAGCUUCGUGAGGAACUAAGAAAGAUUCCGCUUCCACCUAUGUCGGGGGUACCGGACCAUAAGGAUCUUGUCAAUCUCCCCCUCUUGAAUGCAGUUAUUCAGGAAACAUUGCGUAAGCAUUCGCCUGUUCCUGCAGGUCUCAUGAGAACCGCGCCACCGGGUGGGAGGAUGAUGGAGGGGUAUUUCGUUCCUGAGAAGACCGUCGUCUCAGUGCCUUCCUGGACCUCCCAUAGAAAUCCAACCUACUUUCCCGACCCUGAAUCCUUCUCGCCACACCGCUGGAUCACGGCCGAUGGCGUUGGUGGAACCGAGAAAAUGAAGCAACUCUAUAUGCCAUUCACAAAGGGACCGCGGACUUGCAUUGGGCAGGCUAUGGGGUUGCUUGAACUUAGAGUCAUGCUCGCGACACUUGUAUCUAGGUAUAACGUAAGGCUGAGUAAGGAUAUUGGGGCACAUGAUAUGGAGGUUACAGACCAUUUUCUGCUUAUUCCGAAAGGAGAGAAGUGCCUGUUGGAUUUCUUCCCCGUGUUGAAGAUAGAGAUGUGA